AUUUGCAUUGACAUUGACAUAUGUCAGUAGUCCAUUUUCCUAAAAAUCGGCAUUUUGGUUAAUUUUAGACUUUUCUUUUCGAUUUAUGGUAAAUUAUUUGCUACAAAAAACCAAUUCAAUUGAAAAACACACCCUAUAAUUUUCGUUUAAGUAUAAAAAUUUAGGAAACGAAAAUGUCUGCGUCUCAAAUUUUCAACAGAAUAGGCCAGUUCGGACUGGGAGUAGCCCUCGUAGGCGGAGUAGUAAACUCAGCAUUAUAUAACGUCGACGGAGGCCACAGGGCAGUCAUUUUCGACCGAUUCUCCGGUAUUAAAAAGACCGUAAUAGGCGAAGGCACCCACUUCUUCAUCCCUUGGGUGCAAAAACCCAUCAUCUUCGACGUCAGAUCGCGUCCCAGGAACAUCCCCGUAGUAACCGGAAGCAAAGAUUUACAAAACGUAAACAUCACGCUGCGUAUCCUAUUCAGACCCGUACCCGAUCAACUACCUAGAAUUUACACGAUCUUAGGCCAGGAUUACGAGGAGCGAGUACUUCCUUCCAUUACGACGGAAGUACUGAAAGCGGUCGUAGCUCAAUUCGAUGCCGGUGAACUCAUCACACAGCGAGAUCUAGUAUCUCAAAAGGUUUCGGACGAUUUAACAGAAAGAGCCAAACAAUUCGGCGUUAUUUUAGACGAUAUCUCCCUGACUCAUCUCACGUUCGGUCGGGAGUUCACUCAAGCCGUCGAGUUGAAACAGGUGGCUCAGCAAGAGGCCGAGAAAGCCAGAUUUUUGGUGGAAAAGGCUGAACAAACGAAAAAAGCGACAGUAAUCUCGGCCGAAGGGGACGCACAGGCAGCUAUAAUGUUGGCCAAAGCCUUCGGGGAUGCCGGUGAAGGUUUGGUGGAAUUGAGGCGUAUCGAAGCCGCCGAAGACAUCGCUUAUCAACUAUCUAGAUCCAGGCAGGUGUCUUAUUUGCCCAGUGGACAGAAUUUGCUACUCAACGUGCCAACGCCGGGGAACUAAAUACAUAAAUGUUAGCGGAGGAAAAGCGAGAGGGUUGUUGCAUUCACGAAUUGGUUUUUUUUUCACUUAAUAGCCUGUUGUUUUAUUUGGCUAUUUCGAUGGAACCGUAGAUACGUCCCGCGGGCUUAAUACAUUUUAUAUUUUAUAAAUUUAGAUGUAAUGAUUUGUUAAUAAAUUGUUUAAAAUUAUUCCGAAACUCACUUCGCGUUUAUCCGAAAUUAACUCUAACACUUGAUGAGAAACACCGGUUAAAUAUUUCACAUGGAACUGUUGUUGGGAAUAAUUAAAUUUCAAACAUAUUGCCCCGAAGUACUUAUUAGCCGAGAGAUAACAUUUACAUGGUUUCCUCUAAAAUUUUAUGACUUGCUCGAAGUCACGAUUCCCCUCCAACUGAACGAAUUUCGGCGGAAUAUUUUUUGCACUUGCAUUUCAAACGUAUCAUUAGCCAAAUUGUCAGUGCAGGCGUUCGGAAUUUUUACUAACUCUACUAGAAAAACGACUAAAUUUGUUCCAUGAAUGAUUCUUGUUUCCUCUUUUGGACGCUUAUAAUUCAUUCUAGAACCAUUUAGAACUGUCUGGAACCAUUUAGAACGCUCCAUAAGCAUUUAAAACUGUCUAGAACGAUUUAGAACGCUUCAGAACCAAUUAGA